GCCCAUUAAGUGUCUCUGCACCUUCUCCUGGAUGCUGGAUUAAUCCUUACCAUGUUUAUUUCUUGUUUAUAUAAAAUAUAUUAAGACUGACACAGGUUCUCUGAAGAAAGCAGGUCUCUUCUCAAUAUGGCGUUACCAAACAUUUAUACUGACGUGAACUUCAAAAAUCAACCUAUUUCCUCAGGCAUCAUCUCAGAUUCAUCUUCAUGUACCGUCUCAGACUCGUCUUCAGCUCUCCCCAAGAAGACCACCACUCACAAAAGUGACCCUGGCUUUCCCAGGCUGCUUCUUGCCUUGUGGAUAUUUUUCAUGCUGUUGGCAAUCUUAUUCUCUGUUGCUCUGAUCAUUUUGUUUCAAAUGUAUUCUGAUCUCCUUGAAGAAAAAAAUACUCUAGAACGACUGAAUCACGCAAAAUUGAAUUGUGUAAAAAACCACUCGGCUGUGGAAGACAAAGUCUGGAGCUGUUGUCCAAAGAAUUGGAAGCCAUUUGGUUCCCACUGCUACUUCACUUCCCGUGACACUGCAUCCUGGAGUAAGAGUGAAGAGAAGUGCUCCCACAGGGGUGCUCAUCUGCUGGUGAUCCACAGCCAGGCAGAGCAGGAUUUCAUUACCAACACUCUGAACCCUCGUGCUGCUUAUUAUGUGGGGCUGUCAGAUCCAAAGGGCCAUGGACAAUGGCAGUGGGUUGAUCAGACACCAUACGAUCAAAAUGCCACAUCCUGGCACUUGGAUGAACCCAGUGGCAACACGGAAUUUUGUGUUGUGCUAAGUUAUCACCCAAACGUUAAAGGAUGGGGCUGGAGUGUCGCCCCUUGUGAUGGUGAUCAUAGGUUGAUUUGUGAGAUGAGGCAGCUCCACUUAUGAAUGAAGCAUUCUCUAUAGACACAUGAUGUGAUUGGAAUGGAAGCUGUAAUUAUAGAGACAGCUAGGAAGUUCUUCAUUUGAUCCUCCUAGGGAUCAAACAGGGACUUGGAAUUGUAUCAGAAAGCUAGAUUCUUAGAUUCCUCUCCUUCUCUCCUCCCAUUCCUCCCUCCCCAUUUCCUCCCCCCCCCUCCCCCCUUGUCUUUGGAGACAGGGUCUCACUAUGUACCUCUGGCUAUCCUAGAACUCACUAUAUAGAUGAGCCUGAUGUCAAACUCCCAGAGAUCCUCUUGCCUUUGUUUUCCUGAGUGCUGGAAUUAAGGACAUUCACUAUCACCAGCAGCCAGCUUCUUAGUAAAUUCUUUAUGUCUAAGAGAUGUCUGCAGAAUUUUAGGUAGGUAGGUAACUGGUCCUUCCAUUUAUGAGAGCAUCAUCUCACUUUUGUACAAAUUCAUUCAUUUCCUCAUUCAUAAAGAAAGCCUUUUCUCCACACCAGAUGCUAUGCUAGGGACCCCUUAGUGCACACACAGAAAGCACACGUGUCUCUCUCCUAACUCCUGUCUGUCUGUCUGCAGAGGUUUUAGUCAUUGAUUGGAUGAUGUGGUUUUGCCCUCCAUCUGCUGUUUGUCUUCUCUCUUUGGCUUUGUUGAUGUAGAGUCAACAAAUAAAUGUUUGUGCCCAAUGCGGUGAUGUGA